AUGAGCAGGCCACCGUGCGGUCUCGUUGAAUUCGAAGAUGGGUAUGCAAUUGGAUCAUAUAGCGGAAGCGUGACGCACAUUUCAACAACUGGAAGCAACGCCCAGCAAACUAGAAUCAUCGUCUCAUGCAGUCUUCAAAACGCGCCUGUGACAGCCUUGGCAGCGGGGCACAAGCUGUACUGCAGCUUCAGAAACGGUGAGAUAGCAAUUGGUGAUAGAAUAUCUAUGAAGUUAGAUUCCGCGUUUCUCACCUCCUUGCAUGCUAUGGGCCCAAAUGCUUAUGAGCUCGUGGUAGCAAGCACGUCUCGAGGGAUGGUGACAAUCUAUGACCCCAGCAAGAAUGUUUUUGUGCACACUAUGCCCAUCUAUUCUGACGCUUCCAGGCACUUCAGGCUCUGCUCAUCACAUGCAGCUGUGCUCCCGACAUUUGGGUGCAUAUGCGCCGCCUGUGAAGACAUUAUCUCGGUGGUUGAUGCUCGGAUAGGGAGGAAAACGCCAUGCCUAGAGCUUCGCUUCAAGCGCUAUGCUGAUUCACCGACAAGGGGUACGACGGUCACGAGGUUAGCAGCUCUUCCCUGGGGCGGGGUAUUGGCGGGAACAAGCUCAUCCGCAAUUCACUUACUGGAUCUUUCUUCGGCUCACCCAGAAGAGGUAGCUGAUACAGUCCUGUGUCAUCCCGGUCCCAUCAAGGAUAUGAGUGCCUGCAAAACCACACUGGUAUCGGGUAGUGCACGACGCCUGACAAACCACGUUUUGGUGGGUAAGGAGAUUCGUCCCCAAAGUAGCACAGAUUUAGACUCUAUCCUUUGCGGGUUAUGUCCAUCUGCAGCUGUCCUUGCCAAUCGAACCAUUGUGAGUGUGUUCCAGUAG